CUUCAUAGUGAGAAGACGUGUACUUUUGAAUCAGUCUUGAAUGUUAAACCGGCCAAACAACACGUAUCUUUGGACUUAAAUUAUUUAUUUUGUGUGAUUUGUUCUUAUUUAUUAACAUUAUUUAAGUGGAUUACUUUGUGCAUUAAAACAGUCAUGGAUUUGAUGUGUAUUGAGACUGACGCUCCGAGGAGGGCUUACGAAGAUCCUGUUCUAAUACAAGACAGUCGUGUUUUGCAGAAUUUGCUAGCACUGGAAGACAGAUACCAACCAAAUCCAAAUUAUUUUAAAUGUGUUCAGACAGACAUUAAAAGAUACAUGCGAAAGAUGGUCGCCCAAUGGAUGUUAGAGGUUUGCGACGAACAGAGGUGUGAAGAAGAGGUGUUUCCAUUAUCAAUGAACUAUUUGGAUAGAUUUCUCUCAGUGUGUGAUACAUCAAGAACUAGACUUCAACUGCUUGGUGCAGCGUGCAUGUUUAUAGCAUCAAAAUUAAAAGAGACAUGUCCAAUAGCAGCGGAAAAACUUGUGAUAUAUACGGACCAUUCAAUAUCAUUUUCAAUGUUAAUGGAUAUGGAAUCAUUACUGUUAAGCAAAUUAAAGUGGGACCUUUCUGCAGUGACACCACAUGACUUUUUAGAACAAAUAUUAAGUAGACUUUCCUUAGAUAGACAUGAUAUGGACGUGAUUAAAAAACAUGCUCAGACGUUUGUGGCUUUAUGUGCAACAGACUGCAAGUUCAUGAUGUAUCCACCAUCUAUGAUCGCAGCUGGCAGUGUAGGGGCCGCAAUCCAUGGGUUGAGUAACGUCCAACAUCUUGACCUGAAGCUGCUGCAAAAACUGCACGAAAUCACAGGCAUUGAAUUGGACUGUCUUCGUGGUUGCCAAGAACAAAUAGAACAGACUCUAGCAGUGAAUUUGUCUACGAUGGCGCCCUCAAGUUCGGGGCUCGAGGAGACCUCGGCAUCAAAACUGGACCACACAAGCUCACUCACACAUACACCCCAACAUGAACAUUUGAAAGAACAGCCAACAACGCCCACUGAUGUUCAGGAUAUUCAUUUCGACUAGUGAUAGACUUUCUUACAACGAAAACACAAAAGUUGAAUAUAUAUAUUUUUUAUUUUAGUGAUAGUUACAAAUAUUUUUUACAAGUUUAUGCAUUUAGUGAUACUUACACGAGUGUCCGGAUGCUUGUUAUGGUGGAAAGAUUGUAACUCUCCUCGCUUAGUGCGCAAACCGUCUUGCAAAUGGACUUUGUCAACUGUUUAUAUGGUAUAUUUUAUGAUAUCAUCAAAAUGUACAGAACUGCCUAAUCUUAUACAAUUGUUAAAUCAUUCAUUACAAUAGAGACAGUGCCUUUAAUCACACAUGUUUAUAUAAUUCAAGCGAAAGACUGCCAGUCAUAAAGAAGCUCAUUAUAGGGACCAACCAUUUCGAGGACCAAGUUUUCUCUUUUUUCAAAUAACGCUCAAUUUUAUUCCUCAUUAUAUUUUGAUAACAUCUAAAUCAAGUCACUCCUUGUAUACACUAAUUGUUGCUAAGUUUCCAUACUUACCAUACCAUGUAUGAAAUGCAUGUAAAACAAGAUUCAUUAAUUAAUUUCGUGGUAUUCCUUCUCAGAAUAACUUCUUAUUCAAUCUUCAUUCUUUUUACAAAGUAGUAGAAUCUCAAUAAUUUCUUGUUUUUAAUCAGAUCUGGUUCAAAAGAUUUGACAGUUAGUACAACGAAGACAUAUAAGUGUUAAUAUAUCCUGUUCAGUGUUAAUUGUUUAAACGUUUUGAUAUGUUCAUAGUUACAUUGUUUAUGUAUAUUUUGCAUACAGUAUAUGUCUGUUGUGUAAUGAAAUACGCACAUAUAACAUAAAAAUAUCAAAGAAAAAAAUAUCAAAAAUCCACCAAAAAAAUCCUAAAAAUACAACCAUUUAGCCUUUAAAUAUAGACAUAGUUCUUUAACAUUGACGACAUCUUGUAAUGUUCUGAAAGGGACUAUCUGCUAAAAGUUUAAAACAACAAGUUAACCUUUGGAAAUGACAUUGAACAAUUUUGAAAAAGACUUUAAACAAAAUGUGUAUAUAUCUAUCCUAAAUAUGUGAUAUUUUCCUCAUUAUUCAUUACCAUGGUUUCACACUAAUUCAUUUACCAUGGUUUCACACUAAUUCAUUUACCAUUGUUUCUCACUAAUUCAUUUACUGAUCAAAGAUGGUCACUUACGCAUCCAAAGUCAUAUUUACAUAUCCAUGUUUUGAUUGACCCAGUUACUCCCCACUGUCCACAUUUGGACCAGACUUUCAUACUUUCAUUAUCAUGACCUUUUCAUCCCAUGCUUCAUGCAGCCAGCUAUACAUGUGUUGACCAUUAUACUAAUGGUUGCUAGUUGUGUAGGCGAGACAUUAGUGCUAUGUACAGACACACCAUCAUACUAUGUUACAGUUAUGUCAUAUCCCACUGUUAAAUCAUUAAGAUUGUGUUUUUCUCAUUGUUUUAUUGUUCUUUUUUGUGAUAACACUGAGGUCACACUUUAUUUAUUUAUAACUUCUAAGGCCUAGCCUUGCAGCGAAGUUGCCUGGAUAUGGAACAAUACAUAUAUUAACGAAUCAUGACUUCAAAAUUCUGUAACUGCUUCAUUCUUUUAACUCCCAAAUCUUGUGUACAUAACUCACUGCCUAACUACAUUUGUCAUUGGCCUUUCAUAAUAGCUCCCUCAUCUCUAAAAAACUGCAUAAGGAGUAUAUAUUUAUAUAUAUAGGUAUUUUCCAUUGAUGGGCAAUUUAAGAAUGUCAAAGUCACUGUUAGCUGUACUUAAAGAUAACUGGACGUGUGUCCAGUGUUAAAAGUGUACAUUAUGACCAAUGGUCAUUUUCUUGGUAACAUCGUACAAACAGACUGGCAGUGUACUUUGCAUUCGUGCAUUAAAACAUGUGUUCAAACAUUAAUUUAUUUUUGCGAAUUUGUCAUGAAUUUGUCUUGAAUCAAAUGCAUUUGAAUGGUCAAUUUUUGACCUGGAUAAUAUAUUUUUAUCGAGAAAAAAUGAAUGUUAAUUUUUAAAUUUUAACAUAGUGCCAUUCAGUGGGUAUGUUAAGAAUUGAUGUUAAAUGUGAUAUAAGUAUAAAUAGAACUCUAUAAAUAGUAUCUUCUAUUUAUAAGCCAAGGAAAUGCAUUUUUUUUCCGAAAAUGCUUCUUUUUGGUAUUUUUAUAUGUCGUGGUAAAAUUCGGCUACCUCUUUGAAAAUGGAAUCCCAAUUUUUCGUUUAUGUUUAGUACGUGUAAUAUGAGCUAGAUUAUUUGGCGGUGACCAGUCCAUUACGCACGUGCAUGUGACACGUGGUGAAACCGGGCCCGCUAAAUGUUCAUGUCCCGUCAGAGUAGCUCAACGCUUAAAGAAACUUUGCGUGAAGACUACCUCAAAGCUAGCUUUCAGCUAUUACAACUACAUGUAGUAUUUUCUAGGCAAAUUGCAGACUUGUCUAAACUGUUUGACUUUGAAGGAACUCGUGUAAUGAAUACAGCGAGUUCCUGUCGCAUUUUGGCUGUGUUUAGGAACAUGCAUCGAGGACUCGGCCUGGCUCGCUAUGGCUUGUUUUCAUCAUGGGGUUUCAAAGGCGAUGCAUUAAAUUUACUCAAAGAUCGUCCCAAACAAGUAUGAUGCCUUCAAAUUAACAAAAGUCGAAACAAAUUUUCGUAGUCUUUCAACAGGUCUGGGGUUUUUAAGUAUUUUUGUACUGUGAUAAUUAUUUUUCUGAUUUUGUUUCCUUUGAAUAUUCUGUAAGAGCAGUAAGUGUAAUGGUAUAAAGAGCAAAUGACAAGAUGAUGUGAAUGUUUAAUUUGGUUAAGAUUAAUUUGCUAAAACAGCGUUUUACUGGAACAGCAAUCUUGAUAAAAUCACGAUUUUUUAGAAUCCGUGAAUAUGGGUGUAAUUGUUAGUAGAAGUUUUAGCAAGUUCAAUCCCUUGUUUAGUCUUAGAACUUUCAGGAAUGUUGAGCAAUAGACUUGUGAGCGCCUUUGUCGUCUGCUAAUGUGAUAAUUAUAUUUUUGAGCAGAGACAGGGGAGUGAAUGGGAUGGAGAUUUUCCGGGAAAACUGAGACCAAUGAAAUUAUUUAACUGUGAGAAUGAACGACACAAUUUAUUUAAGACUUGUACAGGUGUAAUGAUAUCUGAGCGGGGUAUACAUGAGUAUUUUUUAUAUUUAGUAAUUAGACGUAUUUGUAUAAAGGUAAAAGUUUAAACUUGAACUUGUAUGUCUCAAUGUCUUUAUAGUGUUUGCUAUUGUUUCUUAUUCCAAAUUCGAAGUUCAAAGUUCCUGUUAUGUUCUUGAAUACUGUAUGAUCAUGUUUGUCAACACUUGAUGGACCAAUGGAAGACCACUUUCGGUCAGCCAGAUUUACUGGCAACAAGGGGACAUGUUUGGCUUCUAUGCGUACAAGCGGUCCUGUUUUGUUUGACUUUUGUUGACUGUUACACAGUUUGCAGUUCUUUCGAUUUUUCGAGUUUUGCUGUUUUUUACCGCCGAAGGUUUACUAUGCACAUUAAAAAAUAAUCAUGUUACUAUUUGAAAAUUGUGAGUUGAUGUCAACUUCUAAAUGCCUUAUUGAAGCAAUAAAAAAUAUCUUGAUAAAA